GUGGUGGCGGGGUUGGGGGGGGCUCUUAUAGCCCUCUGGACGUUUUAUCUGUGGGCCCUCCGAUCGCGUCACAAGUCGGCGACUGAGCCUAGGCGGUGGUGGCCGAGGCGGCGAAGGCGGCAGCGGCGGCGACAGCUCUGGGGUUUGCUUCUCGGGGUGUGUCGGCCGCCGCUGCUGCUUGGGCCUGGUAUGUACAAAUGGCUGGUUAGGAUUCUCGGCACCAUUUUCCGUUUCUGUGACCGGCCGGUGCCCCCAACCCGGGCCCUCCUGAAGAGGCGGCGCUCGAACAGCACUUUGUUUUCUACAGUGGACCCUGAUGAAAUACCAGCCAAAAGACCAAGAUUAGAUUAUUUCAUUCACCAAGUCAAAACCAGUCUCUACAAUGCUGCCAGCUUAUUUGGAUUCCCAUUCCAGCUGACCACAAAACCCAUGGUAACUUCUGCUUGUAAUGGAACACGGAAUGUGGCCCCUUCAGGAGAGGUAUUUUCGAACUCUUCAUCUUGUGAACUGACAGGUUCUGGAUCCUGGAACAACAUGCUGAAACUGGGUAAUAAAUCUCCUAACGGAAUAAGUGACUAUCCAAAGAUCAGAGUGACUGUAACCCGAGAUCAGCCCCGCAGAGUCCUGCCUUCCUUUGGUUUUACUUUGAACUCAGAGGGGUAUAACAGAAGACCAGGUGGCCGUCGUCAUAGCAAAGGCCCUUCAGAGAGUUCCUUAACCUGGAAGCCUCAGGAACAGGUUGUAACAGAGAUGAUUUCUGAAGAGGGUGGCAAGGGUCUGAGGCGUCCCCACUGUACCGUGGAGGAGGGUGUUCAAAAAGAGGAAAGAGAGAAAUACCGAAGGUUACUGGAGCGACUUAAAGAAGGUGGUCAUGGAAACUCUGUUCCUCCGGUAGCUCCUUCUUACCACAGCUCUCAAAGAAGUCAGAUGGACACAUUAAAGACCAAAGGCUGGGGGGACGAGCAAAGUCACGGAGUCAGAACAACUCAGUUUGUUCCAAAACAAUACAGAGUUGUUGAAACAAGGGGACCUUUAUGCUCAGUGAGAACUGAGAAGAGGUGUUGUUCAAAGGGGAAAAUUUCUGAUACAGAGAGGACAGUUGGAAUCAGACUUGAAAAUGAAGGUAGGAGGGGACACCAGCUGGAACCUGACCUAUCCGAAGAGGUGUCAGCCCGACUCCGCCUGGGCAGUGGGAGCAAUGGCUUACUCAGGAGGAAAAUGUCAAUACUUGAGACAAAAGAAAAACAUUGCUCAGGCAAAGAGAGGGAUAAAAGGAUGGAGGAUCUUCUUGAACUCACAGAGGACAUGGAAAGGGAAAUCAGUAAUGCCCUAGGUCAUGGCCCACAGGAUGAGGUCCUAAGUAGCGCUUUCAAGCUGCGAAUCACUCGAGGUGACAUCCAGACCUUGAAGAACUAUCACUGGCUCAAUGAUGAAGUCAUUAAUUUUUACAUGAAUCUUCUGGUGGAAAGAAACAAAAAGCAAGGGUAUCCAGCACUUCAUGCAUUCAGUACUUUUUUCUAUCCCAAAUUAAAGUCUGGUGGUUACCAGGCAGUGAAAAGAUGGACCAAAGGGGUCAAUCUCUUUGAACAGGAACUUAUUCUGGUGCCUAUUCAUCGGAAGGUACAUUGGAGCCUGGUGGUGAUAGACCUAAGAAAAAGGUGUCUUAAAUAUCUGGAUUCUAUGGGACAAAAGGGCCACAGGAUCUGUGAGAUUCUCCUUCAGUAUUUACAGGAUGAAAGUAAGACCAAAAGGAAUAUUGAUCUGAAUCUUUUAGAGUGGACCCACUACAGCAUGAAGCCACAUGAGAUUCCUCAACAGUUGAAUGGGAGUGAUUGUGGAAUGUUUACUUGUAAAUAUGCAGAUUAUAUCUCUAGGGACAAACCUAUCACAUUUACUCAGCACCAGAUGCCUCUCUUCCGGAAGAAGAUGGUGUGGGAAAUCCUUCAUCAGCAGUUGCUGUGAGAAUGCCCCGCCCAGUCCCUCGAGCUGCUGGUGGUUCUGUCACGGAGGACGGAUGUUUCCAUAUACCUCAUGCAUCGUGGGUUCAGAAGUCCCUGCAUCAACUCUGUUGUCUCACAGGUACUGAGCUGUCGGGCGUGCGCGCCGGCCUCUCCCGCACCCUGGUCCUGACGUGCUGUGUGGAGGUUCUGCCUGCAACCCCAUGUGUGAGCCUGUGCCUGCUCAGAGCCUGGACUGUUCAACCCACACAAGAACAAACGCUAAUUAAUAACUUUUUUUUAAUGAUUUUUUUUUCCCUGUGAAUGUGGGAAAUGCAGGAUUUACUCUAUGAUUUGUCUUUUGUGUGUGUUUGUUCACGUGUGUUCAUUCGCUCACUCAUUAGCAGACAUAAUGGGCUGUGGCUAUGUGCUGCUGCUCUUUCAGUUAACUCUGAAUUACCUGAACUAUUUAUUUUUGAAAGGAGUGUCAAUCAAGCUCCACUCCCAGCUGAAGAUCAGGAGGGCAAUCAGGGAGGUGGGGAGGAAGGAAGUGUUAAUGAACUUCUCUAAGGCUGGAGCAGAGACUGCCAACUCGAAGCUGGAGAUCUUCUUAUGUUGGAGGCUUGACGAUGCCGGGAGAAGCGCUGUGGCUGAGGGCUUCGGCCGCCUUCCAGAGCACGCCUGACACAACAGCACUGGUGUGGGGGCAUGGAAAAGUGGAACUGUGGCUCUCCACGCGUCUUCAGAAGAGUGUCGUGGUCAUCCUAAAGAGACCGUGCUUUCUGGAAAUGAGGUGACUUGGCUACUCUUGAAACUGGAUUUGAAGUAACUGUAAGCCCGAAAUCUUCAUUUUCAUCCUAGAUCUGGUUAAGUAUAAACCUCAGAAUUGUAAGGGCUGGCCUGGGCCGUUGAUUUCAAAAAGAUACUAUUCACUGUAAAAGCUAUUUUUCCUCAAAGUUUUUUUUUCUAUAUAUAAAGCCGAAAUUAAGUUUUGUACUCAUUAGGAUUUACAUUCCCCUCCCCCCAUUCCAUCCCCACUGAAAUUUGGAAGAAAAUUUAGUACUUGGCUCUGAGGCUGCCAGUUAUACAAUAAUCUAUUUUGCAUAUGAAAGUUUGUAUUUAACUUUUUUGUUCAUUAAAAACUUUACAGUGGUUACGCAUUUUUAAUUUCAGAAAGUUUAGAGUUGGUCAGAACAUAUUUUGCAAGAUCUAGUGCCUAGUGUUGCUUUUCCGAUGUAAUAAAGGUUGUCUGGCAGAACCUGAAAAGUA